AUGGCGUCUCACUCCACUGUUUCUUCGUCGUCUACAGCCGCUACCACGACCGGCGCGUCAUCGGUUCCGGCAAUUUCACCGUCGCUCAAGUUCGUUAUCUCUAAUAUGAAAUUUCUUGUUCCCCAUGCGUUAAGCCCAGAAAAUUUUCCCAUCUGGAGUACGCAGAUCGCCAAGCUUUUCAAAGCAAAUGGUUUCGCCGCCUUUCUUGAAUCCAAAUCUGCGUCCGAAAAUGCAGAUCCCAAUCUUGAUCCUCAAAUCUGGUCCAUUACGGAUCAGAAUCUUGCAACCGCCAUGUGUUCUACCAUCGCUCCGUCGGUUCUUCCCUAUGUGAUUCAUCUUGAAUCCACGCACGACAUUUGGUCUACGCUUCAUACUCGGUUCCAAUCGUCCAAUCGAUCUAAAGUAAUUCAGCUUAAGCACGAGCUUCACAAUGUCUCGAUGCAGAAUCUUACUAUGACUCAGUACCUUACUGAGAUCAAGAAAAUAGUAGAUCAGAUUGCCUCGGCGGGUUCUUCGGUCGAUCCCGAAGACAUUAUCAUCUAUAUCCUGAACGGGUUACCGCCUGAAUAUCAGUCCUUCACGGAGGCAGAAUAA